UGAUGUUUGUUCCUCGAAGAGGAUCGUGCAGACAAACCAAAAAAAAAAAGAUUUAAUAAAUAAAUACAAUAAACAGUUGAACACACAAAACAAACAACAAACUGUACUGAAAGCGUGUGCAUAAAGUGUGCCGACAUAGAGAGAUAGAGUAUUUGGUGCCACCAAAAAUACCAAAUAUACAAGUAGAUCUAAAAAUGAUCAGGCGAUGGAGUGUUGUGAUAUUUCUUGGAGUUUUGCUCCAUAGGUCACAAGUAUCAACGAGUCCAGUUAAGUUUGAAGAUCAAACGGCUGAAGCUUCACAAGCAUCUAAUAAGGCUGUCGCACAGCAGCGCUUAGAUUUAGGACAUUUAUUUCAUCAUGAUGAUCAUCACGAACAUCAUCAUGUUCAAAUUCAACAUGUCCACGAUCCCGGUUAUUGGAAGAAGAAAGUAGUAUGGAAGGCUGGCUGGAAGAAAAUAUGGAAAACAGCAAAAAGUUAUAAAAAAAUUUGGAUCCCGCAAUGGGUGCAUACCGAACACGCGGUUGUUAGAGACAUUAAAGUUCCAGCAUGGAAACAGAUUUGGAAGCCAGUGUGGCGCGAAACUCAAGUACCUGCUUAUAAAGAUCAUGAGGUAGCUGAUUGGAAAAAAUACUACAAGCCAGUCUGGAUACCAACUAAAGUGCCUGGAUGGAAAGACAUUCAAGUACCAGAUUGGAAGAAAACAUGGAAACCAAUUUGGCGUGAAAUUCAGGUUCCGGCAUGGAAAGACAUUGAAGUACCAGCGUGGAAACAGAUUUGGGUGCCCGAAUUAGUCAAAGUUGGAAUACCAGGCGAAAAAUUCUUGGGUAAAGAUCACGAAGGCUGGGAAUACACAUCCCAUGACCUCUGGAAGAAGAAAGUUGUAUGGCGUUCACACUGGAAAAAGAUAUGGAAACCGGCUAAGAAACAAAUUUGGGUACCAAGCAAGAAAUUAGAAUGGCGCGAAGAAUGGAAGAAAGUGUGGCGCACUGAGAAGAAGCAAAUCUGGUUGGAUGACAAAAAAUUGGCAUGGAAAGAAGCUUGGCAACAAGUGUGGCGCACUGAAAAGAAAUUAAUUUGGGUUCCUAGCAAAAAAUUGGAAUGGGUUAGUGCAUGGCAACAAAUUUGGAAGAUUGCCCAUAAAGUUGAACAUAUCCCAGAUAAAAAACUAGAGUGGAAAGAAGGAUGGAAGCCAAUUGAAACAACACACGCGGCAUGGCAAAAAAUAUGGAAGCCAGUGGUAAUAAGCGAAUGGUUCCCGACCCCUGACCACCACCAUCACCACGAACAUGACGAUCACCAUCAUCAUGAGCACUGGGAUCGCAAAGAUACAGAAAACACCGAUUCAAAGGUGGUGUGGAAACGUGAACAGCCAUCGGCACAAGGACCACCAGGUGUGUCCAAAGUUCAAUCUCCGUUAGAUGCAAAAUCUAAUGCACCAGUAGGAAGCACACAGCCAAAGGUUUCUGUGAAAGCAAAUUGAGAAAAUAAACGCCAUCACUAUUAAAGAAAGAAUAGAACGAUAAUUAAAAAAAAAAACAAAACAAGAUCCGAAUGAA